AUUUCUUCUUUCGAGUCAUCAAAACAAGAAAGAAUGUCGGCAUCCGUGAUGAAGACAAUCCGUUUGUUCGGGUCGAAUAUUGACGUGCUGGUAACGUUACCUGUCGGUGAUCAGCAUCCCGAUAAAGUCAAGUUCCAGAAAGAACUAGAAGUAUCGGAUAUUUCAGCGGGUCAAAGCCGGCUGUUUAUACCCGAUAAUUUCUUGACCCGGGAAGAAAGGAAUACCCUGAAAGCCCUAGCCCUGGAUCAAGAGAAACAAACAGCACCAGCAUCUUCGUCGACACCUUCUUCGUUCCUGUCUUUGGCGCCGUCUUCGUCGUCAUCAUCAUCUGAGAAUGAGAAAAAGAGAAAGAAGGCGACGAAGAAGCCGGGGAUGGAAGUCGAAGUGCAGGACGACGAAGGGAGGAGUUUUAAACUGAAGUUGACGUACUGGUCGAGCGUAGAUAAGCUUGUGUUGAAUAAAGGAUGGAAUGAGUGCGUCCAGACGAAUAAGCUUGGCAAAGGUGAUGUCAUCAGGCUCACUUGCCAAGGGCGUCGCCCUCGGAGAGAUUAUGAUUUUGAUGGCAAGAACAACAAUAACAACGACAACAAAAUGGUUUUGUGUCUUCGGAUGGAGAUUAUUAGCCGAAAACCUCGACCAUAAAUUCCGAUGAUGAAACA